CUUAACGAGUGCCUCCGUCCGACAACCGUCCGCUUCCUCUAACACCAACACAAUCGACCGGCUGCCGGUGGUACCGCAUGUGAACCGAUUACUGCCUAUCAGCCUUCAUACAAGAACACGGCCUGCUUCGUCUAGUGGCGGAAGGCUUCAGAGAUUCAGUUGUUGAUUGGACGUCGUAGAGACGAGACUCGAGGCCGGAGCUAAGCUGUGGCCAUCCGUGUUGUGUGUUGUGUGUUAUGUUCUUUGUGUUACGAAAAGGGAGAGAAAAGAGAAGCAGGAACAAUGAGUGAUGCUGGCAGUGGAAGUGAAAGUUCUGGCUCCGGGAGCAAUGAUGGCUCAUCCGGAUCGACCGUACAGAAUGCCAUCAACAAUCGAGCGCAACGGGAAUACCGCGAGGAGAUGGUGAAAGAUAUGGCCGUAGAGCAAAUGAAACAGAAAAUGCACGACAUUGUCAAUCGAUUGGGGAAAGAGGUGGAGAGGAAGAUGGACAUUGCGGUGGACGACCUGUUUACCGAGGUGAAGCAGUUUAAUCUCAAGAACUACGAGCUCAAACAGCUGUUCAAUGAGAAAUCCACCAGCCACGAAGGACAUCGAAAGAGCGCCAAGACGGAUGGAAAGCUACCGGACAAGGUGUUUAUGCCACGGAACUCGCUGCUUACGGAUCUGUUUGAAGUGAAACACAUCAAGACGAUUUAUCACAUCUUCAUCGUGAUAUUGAUCAUUCUUUUCCUCAACACUGUGGUGCACGAUUUCGUGGACACGGGCAGCAUCAAUCUGGGCUUUCGGCCGAUCAUAGCCGGCUUCGGCAAGUUUCACAUCGCCCUGAUGCUGUGGUGUUGUAUGCAAACGUCCACCUUCUUGAUUUAUCCAUGCUUCCGAAUGUGGGCCUUGUUUCGGAAGAACUUUACAGCAGGAUCUCCCAUGAAGAAGCUGUGGGACUGGUCUGCUGUAGUUCUGUUCGUGUCAUACCAGUGUGGAUUUAUUGCUGCAGCCAUUAAAGCUCUUCUUUGGUUUGACCUACCACCAGCCAGCUCUGUGGCCUAUCUCAUGGAAAUGACUCGUUUCCUCAUGAAAGCGCACGCCUUUAUUCGCAGCAAUGUUCCGAGAGCGCUCGUCUCCGGCAAGAAACACGCAGACUCGAAGCCGACCUCUCCGGACACUUACCAAGGAUUGCCGUCGUUUUCGAAGUACGCCUACUUCCUGUUCGCUCCCACGCUGGUCUACCGGGAUGAGUAUCCGCGCACGAAGCAGAUCCGCUGGCGAGUCGUUGCUCGACAUGCUCUCGAGGUGAUCGGUGUAGUGUUCUACAUCAGCUUCAUUCUGGAACGGUUUCUGGCUCCCUUGUUCGAGAAGUUUGGCCAUGCCAAGAUCAGCUCCGGCAGCUUCGUUUUGUCGCUGUUCGGUAGCAUUAUGCCGGGGUCGUUGUCGUUCCUGUGUGCGUUCUACAGUCUGCUGCACGCGUGGAUGAAUGGAGCGGCCGAGCUGUUGCGGUUCGCCGAUCGAAUGUUCUAUCGCGACUGGUGGAACGAGUCCACGUUCGCCGGGUAUAUUCGAUCCUGGAAUGUGGUCGUGCACGAUUGGCUGUACACGUACGUGUACAAGGAUUGUGUGGAGCACGUGUUUCGUAACUGCCGACCGUUGGCAACGGUGACUGUGUUCACAGUGUCGUCGGUGUUCCACGAGCUCAUACUGGCGUUUACGUUCGGUUCGAUGUUCGUGCAGUUCGAGUUUCUGGGCUUGAUGCUGAUGUUUGUUACGAAGCGGUUGGGCAAGAAUGUGGGAAAUGUGCUGCUUUGGUUGGUGUUGUCGAUCGGAAAUGGACUGCAUCUGAGUCUGUACAACAUGGAGUACUACGCUCGACGCAACUGUCCCGACAUAGGGGACUCGAUCGUAGACUACAUGGUGCCUGUAUCGUGGUCGUGCAAUGGCAUAUCGCACAAUCCCAACUGGACCAUCACAGCGCCAUGGAGUUUGCCUUGAUGGAGAUUGAACGAAGUAGCAAAGACUGAAUAGGGAGUAAAUGGUAUCGCAGGGCUUUGUUUGUUAUGAAAGCAAAUGUUUAAGUGUUAUGGUUUAUGUAAGAAAACAAAUAAAAGAAUAGAAAUUAUGUGUGCAAUAA